AUGCCUUGCUUCCUAGCACCCGAGCAGAUCCAAGUCCUCGAAGAAACUCUAAACUACACAUUCAAAGACAAAGCUCUCCUGAGCCGAGUCUUCGAGGCUGCAAGCUCGACCUCUACCCCCGAGGGCAACAAGCGACUCGCAUUACUAGGAAGAAGCCUACUAGGUUUCUUGCGGAAUCUGAAAAGCGUCGAGCAGGAUCUCGCCGUCGUGGACAUGAACAGCCACUUCCUGAGGAAUUCUGCUGCCAAGCGUCUCGCUACUCUGGGAUUCACCAAGUCUUUGCAGCAAUUCAUACGUGUUAAUCCGGCGUCGAGCCUGACGGACCAUGUCUCGGAUAAACUUAUGGCUCUUUCCAUGGAGGCGCUGCUUGCGGCUGUGUUCCUGGAUUAUCAGAGGGAUCUUACCAUUACUUGUGAAUUUGCUACUGGACUGAGAAUUCUUUGA